AUGUUCCAAUUCUCCGAAGAGACCAAGGAGCGCAUCUCCAAGGUCAUCGAUGUCUCGCGGGUUGCUAUCCACUACGGUUAUCUUCCUCUGAUUGUCUACCUUGGCUACACCUACAGUGAACCGAGACCAACUCUUUUCAAGUUGUUCUCGCCGCUUGCUUAG